UGUAACAUCAACCGGGAUUGGGAACCGCGCCGCCUCAGGCUCGCCUCAAGUUUAGUCCAACUUCAGUGUAGUGUGAAGACUCUUGUAUACACCACGCAGUUCUAGUGCUUCAUUUGUUUAUAUCAGCUAUAAACAGCUCUUCAUACAAAAUGAAUCAAAACGUGAGGGUGGUUUCGGCGCCGAACGAUGAAAAGUUCGUGUUUGACACCUGUUGCUGCUGCAUUCCUCUGAGGACCGGGUGCCUCAUCCUCGGCUACUUGCAACUGAUCGCCCACAUCAUCGGCGGUAUAUUCGCCGUGCUGGCCAUUGGCACCGGGCUGGCAUUGCUCAACGCUGAGGACGAGAGGUACAAGACGGCUGCGCAGGCGGUCAUCAUCAUCGGGGCUGUUGGGCUCGUGAUCAUCCUGGUGGCGCUGCCUUUCACCAUACUUCUACUCUGUGGACUACAUAAGGAGAGACGCAAUUUUGUCAAGUAUUAUCUCGUCUUCGCUGUGGUGUGCUUGGUGUUAGGCAUCAUCGUGCAGAUCGCCAAGUACUCAGGGGGCUAUGGAGACAGCAAGGAGUUACCGUCAAUUAUAAUUAAUAUUGUGCUGACCAUCUACUUCUUGCUGGUACUGCGGAGCCAAUACAUCAAGAUGGGCUAUGACAACAACGUACCAGUCCAGCACUACAACCCGGACGCGCAACUGAUGAACGUACAAAAAGUUUAACUCUUUUUCUAUAUUUAUAUAUUUUACCUGUAAGCAAUUCAUUGUGUACGUUUUUGAAUUAAUGGAAUAUGUCACGAGGGUUAGUACAGUAUAAAAAAAAAAAAAUUAAAGAUAUUGAAAAUCCCCCGACACUAAUUAUUAUUAGUUUCGCUAAGUUUCAGAAAUUUCUAUAAUUUAAGUGAUAAAUUUAAGAUUGUAAAAUAUCGAUAGCCUUCCCUAUCGAUUUCUCCGUCUCAAAUAAUGUAAAAAAGACGCCCAUUCAAGUUUCUACAGGAGCUGUCAUAAAAAAAAAAUGUUUUUAUCAGACUUUUUAUAUUAUAUUUCUAUCUAUAUGUUGUUGUCUUCUUAUCUACGUCGAGGGUUAAUAAAACGAAUUGAUUUAACUCCUUUGAAAGUGUGCCAUAAACCAUUUCUUUCAUAGCCCAAACUAAAGUAAAAAGAAGAACAGUUAGGGGGUUAGCAUUUGUUAUUAUUCGUACAUAAUUAUAAGAUCGAACAAAGUUAAUGUUAUCUUUAGAUAAGUUACUUCUCAAUACAAUUGAAAUAUUUGCUAUUUUUUUAUACAGUAAAGAUAAAUCUUAAAAAUAAAAGAUUAUUGACAUGGUAUAUCAUAAUGGCUCCUCUACACUAUCGGCUAUAAUGGACGGAUAAAAACGAUCCUGAAUCAUUUGCCUAUCUAGACUAAUAUUAUGAAGCUGAAGGGUUUGUUUAUUUGUUUGCUUGAACGCGUUUAUUUUAGGAACUACUGGUCCGAUUUGAAAAUUUUUUCAGUGUUAGAUAGCCCAUUUAUCGAAGAAGGCUAUAGGCUAUAUUAUCCCCGUAUUCCUAAAAGAACGGAAAACACGCGGGUAAAACCGUGCGUCGUCAGCUAGUUGGUAUUAAAAUCAGUUGUCUCGGGUUUUGACAUCUAGACAUCAUUAUCACCAGCCUCGUUCCAGGGCAAGCCUCGUAAAAAUGUCUUACAGGUUAUUUAAAAUUUAGUUAUUUAUAAUGAUUUCUUUAAACUCCUCGUUGAUCCAGUGGUAAAGUUAUAUGUUUCAUGAUUAUACAGAUAACAGUGACGUGUGAAUCGUGCAUGAUAGUGUAGAGGAGACAUAAAAGUUUAGAUUUAGAACAUAUCUAAGCGUUUAUGCUGUUAUUAUUAAUUCUUGUUUUAUUCAAUUUCACAAAGCCUUUAAUGUAAGUAAAUUGUGGUAACCACGCAAUUGUACAAUUUUUUUAUAUUUUUGGUCAGGUUUUACGUAAGCGAACAUAUGUCAACUUGUACGAACCCUCACAGUCACACAAGUAAGCUCAGUUUGGUCAAUCAGAGGGCCUAGUGGCAGUUUGAUACUGUUAAUAUCGCGUUAACGUAAACGCGAAAUUCUAACGAUUUGAAACAGCGCCAUCUAGUGGCACUUUUGCACAACUGUUUCAAUUCCAUAUAAAUUCGUGUUUACGUCAACGCGAUAGUAACAGUAUCAAACUGCCACGAAUGCCCUCAGAAUAGUAUUUGCAUUGCAAUUUAUAGUCAGCUCUGACGUGGCAACAGCUUUAACAACCCCGUUUGGAUAUUAUACUCCGCGCCACGAAACAAGUCCCGAAGACGCGGCGCUAAUGUCUUAAUGGCACUCAUAGUCAUUUGGUAAUUGCGGUCUUAUUGGCAUUUGUGUAAGGCGCUGUCAAUUUUAGUUCAGGUUUUAGCCGCGGGACUUAUUUCGUGGCGUGGAGUCUAUGUCUACUACACUGUUUUGUGUACCUUAAUAAACGCCUCGUGUUCAGAGCGGACUAGAGUUGUUGCGAGUUCUAUUUUAUAAAAAACUUACUAUUUUUUAUUACUAUUAUUAUUCUCUAAUUCGUAAGACAUUUAAUAAUUCAAAAAAUUACAUUAUAAGCUAUGAUGAUUAUGAUAUGUUAAAUAUCUACUUAAUAAUUAUUUUGUUUAUCAUUCUGCCGUAUCGGCCUGUUAUUCAUUAAGAUCUACCUCUUUUCAAUGUAUUGCAAAGCAAUUGUUGUACGAGGUACAAGAAAAAAUAUUUUUUUAAAACAAAAUAAAGAUACUUACUUUUUAAAAUAACUAAA